UUUAGGCCGUGAACGCGAAUUAUCUGGCUUAUUUUUUUCGGGUUUUCCUUAAGCAUGCAGGUGACGAGGUUCCCAGCGGCCCAACAGCUUAAAGGCGGCGGUGGCGGGGCGGGGUUCGAGACUGCCUGACUGAAGAACCGGCGCGGGAGUCACCAAACGGGCCGUGCUGAAAGGUCGCCCGCCAGUCUGCCAAUAACACCCCAACACCCUUCUCGCUAUGCUCCUCUCUGUCUUAGUCGCCGUCCAGGUGGUGGCCGCGGCGGCGCGCUCCUCGGCCGGCGCCAGGGCAGACGACAUGAGCUUUCUACUGUGGACCAGGAGUAACCCCGGCGACGAGGAGUACUACCCGCUGCUGCUCGGGGACGCUGCCAACCUGGCCGCCGCGCCCCUCACGCCCUCCGACCCCACGGCGGUGCUCAUCCACGGCUACACCUCCAGCGGCUUCACCGGCUGGUCCCCCCGGGCGAAGACAGAGCUGCUGAGUUACAGCCCCUACAACGUCAUCUCCGUGGACUGGGAGAGCCUUGCCGAGGGCCCCUGGUACCCCGGGGCCGUGCAGAACACUCAGGUGGUCGGGGAGCGCACGGCCCGCCUGCUGGAGUGGCUGCAGGAGGCGGCGGGGCUGGACACGACGCUGGUACAGGUGACAGGCCACUCCCUCGGGGCUCACGUGUCCGGGGCCAUUGGUCAGCACCUCCAAGGCUUCCGCCUCCCCUUCAUCACGGGAUCGGACCCCGCGGGACCGCUCUUCCACAACGUCACCUCGGACUUCCGCCUCGACGCGUCCGAUGCUGAGUUCGUGCAAGUGAUCCACACCGACGCCUGUUCCUUCCUGGAGAGUUGUCUCGGGCUGGCGGAGCCAUGCGGCCACGUGGACUUCUACCCUAACGCUGGAGAAUAUCAACCAGGCUGCUCUGACCUCUCCAAGCAAGGGGAGACGCGGGGCUGCAGCCACAGCAGAGCUCACGACUACUGGAUAGAGAGCAUCAACGGCGAGACGCCCUUCCUGGCCCGCCCCUGCAGCGACUGGGACGCCUACGUGGCCGGCGAGUGUGACAGCUGCGGCCAGGGCUGCCUCGAGAUGGGCUUCCACGUCCAGAAAGACCUCACCGGGAACUACUACCUCAGGACCAACGACGCCUCGCCCUUCGCCAUGGGAUAGACCAGUGGCGUGCUAAGUGGGGUGUGCCCGCCCCCGGGGUACGCAGCAUUACUCAGAGGGGCACGUGGGAAGGUAAUGAUCAAAUAGGUGAUAACAUUUUCAUACAAUCACGUCAUCUACCUUUUUUGAAUCGACAAAUUUGCUGGAUGUGUGUCGCUGUACAGUAACAGUUAUCUUCAGGAAACACUGCAGGGAGUCCACAAGUUUUGUUCACGUUAGGUUUUGUUGAGUAAAGUGAAUACACGGACCAAGGAACGAAGGCUUUGGAUCAUCAUUUGCCUUUCGGAUCAGCCCAGCUUUGUGAGGCCCCUCCCUCGGCAACACGUGUUAUCAAGAAAAGCAGAAUGGGUCUGGAACAAAGCAUUUCUGAAUUGGAACUAUCUCGCUCUUAUUAUAGUUUAAGGGUUCUCUCUCUCUCUCUCUCUCUCUCUCUCUCUCUCUCUCUCUCUCUCUCUCUCUCUCUCUCUCUCUCUCUCUCUCUCUCUCUCUCUCUCUCUCUCUCUCUCUCUCUCUCUCUCUCUCUCUCUCUCUCUCCUGCUGAGCGCUUGCAUAACUGCUGAAGAUUUAGUCGAGUCAAAUGCCUUUUCACAAUCUAAGGAGUCAUGAUACAUAGCGGUCUACUGUACUCUGCUGAUAUGUCGGAAACUUGGCUCAUGGCGUGGAUGUCGUUAUCUAAGUGUUCACUACGAAGUCCUGUUUUUUUAAAGCUGGGUUGGGUCUAAUGCUGCAUAUAUUCUGUUUCUUAUGAUCUUAGUGAAGAGUCUGUAGUUUACCGGGAGGUCUUUGAUUGGUCAGUUCAGGAUAUUCAGCUGAGGAUGCUCUCAAAUGUACGUACUUGGUGACAUGUAAAUCCGUUUUUAGUAUAUUUCCAAAACGGACAGAAACCAACAAAUCGACGGAGAUCGACAAAAACGUUGUCGCCCGUCUCGUUGUAGCGAAUAUAUGGAAAACUGCAAAUAGGAAAUAGUUUCAUGUUGCCGGUUGUGACCUGAGCACGAGGCAUGAGGUCGUCACAUUAUUUGAAAUUUUGAAUAAUUACUAAUUGAAUUAUUGCAGACUGUCGUGUGUUCCGAAAUAUACAAGAGCCGUUGCUGUGGAUGGGAUAUUGGAAAUCUCUCCAAUGGAAAUAUACAUCACAUGUUGAAUGAUUAAUUAUUUGUUGUACCUGGUAUCGUGUAGGAACACAAAACCGAAUUAGUAUAAUCAUAUAUUCGAUGUAUCGCUGCCAAUGGAUUUGACGUACACUGUUACCAACGAUAUCUUGCCUCAAAGGUUUAUGUAAUGACUGAUACAUGUCAGGAAUGUGGUUCGUGGAAUGUGUUGCUUUUUCGACUUUAACGGAAUAAAUAAAGUUGAAAGUCAA